AUGGAACCAGCCGAGUCAGCAGACCCUAAAGGGGAGGUGGAGAAUGAAAGCCCCUCGCCCGAAAUCGAGGCCUCCCAGGGGCAAGGAAAAGAGGACCCUGGUGUCGGGAAAGGUGAGGAGGCGACCGCGAGAGAGGACCCCAUGUUGAAUGGGCAGGAUCAGGAGGAGGGCUUGGGACCAAGCUGUGCGGAGACCCCCUCUCCCGAUGUCAAAGAGGGGGCAGAUGACGGGAGCGAGGCCCCGCACCCGGCGUCCGCAAAGCUGGAAGAGGCAAACCCCGGAGACGAGGAAGAGAUGGCGAGAGAGGAUAUCCCGUCAGAGAGCGCUACAGCUCUGCCGGAUGCCCUCGAUCCCAGCCCAGCCGUCACUGACCCCAGCUGCAGUGCCACCACCGAGCAGGCCACGGAGCCCCCCAAGGAGCGGCCUGCCCCGAGCAAUCCCCCUGAGCCCCCCGACUUCUACUGCGUUAAGUGGAUCAACUGGAAAGGAGAGCGGACGCCCGUUAUCACCCAGAGCGAGAAUGGGCCUUGCCCACUCCUUGCAAUCAUGAAUAUCCUUUUCUUGCAGUGGAAGGUCAAGUUGCCCCCCCAGAAAGAAGUGAUCACGUCCGAUGAACUGAUGGCACACCUCGGGGACUGCAUCCUAUCCAUCACGCCCCAAAAGGAGUCAGAAGUCCUCCAACUGAAUUUCCAGCAGAACGUCAACGACGCCAUGACGGUCCUGCCCAAACUCUCGACGGGCCUGGAUGUGAACGUGAGGUUUACGGGAGUCUCCGAUUUCGAGUACACCCCCGAGUGCAUCGUCUUUGACCUCCUCAAUGUUCCUCUUUAUCACGGGUGGCUGGUGGACCCGCAGUUAGCAGAGGUGGCCCAGGCCAUCGGCAAGCUGAGCUACAACCAGCUGGUGGAGAAGAUCAUCACCUGCAAACACUCCAGCGACCCCAAUUUGGUGACCGAAGGUCUGAUCGCAGAGCAGUUCCUGGAGUCCACGGCCUCACAGCUGACCUACCACGGCUUGUGUGAGCUGACCUCCACGGUGAAAGAGGGGGAGCUGAGCGUCUUCUUCAGGAACAACCACUUCAGUACCAUGAUAAAGCACAAGAGCCACUUGUACCUCCUGGUGACCGACCAGGGAUUCUUGCACGAGGAGCAGGUGGCCUGGGAGAGCCUGCACAACGUGGACGGGGACAGCUGCUUCUGCGACGCCGAGUUCCACCUCAGCCACGCCUUGGGCAAGGAGGCCGCCGGCGGCUCCCCACAGGAGCAGCAGUCGAAUCAGAGGCAGGUGGACCAGGACUACAUGAUCGCCUUGUCUCUGCAGCAGCAGCAAGGGGGGGCCGUGCUGAGCGACCUGGAGCUGGCCCAGCAACUUCAGCAGGAGGAGUAUCAGCAGCAGGAGCCCCCGCCCGCCACCCCCCCGGCACAGGCGAGAGCGCAGCCCUCCGCCCGCCCGGCUGGAGAGCGCAGGCAGCGGCAGAAGCCGGAUACGGACUGCACCAUCCUGUAA